AUGGAAAGCGAUGCGAUGGAUAAUGUUGGUGUGGCCAGCACAUUGGUUGGUGCCAUGGUCUUCCUCAUGUGCUUGACGUACUUGACGAACCACUCAGACAAGGACAUCAGAAGAUAUAGCUACGAAGUGAUUAGCCAGACCAUCGCGAUCUUCUGUGCAGUGAUGAUUUUCCAGUACAUGAAUGACGUGACUGUGAAGGUCGUGCAGAUGUUUGGACUUCAACGUUUUCAUUUUCUUGUUCAGAUGUGUCAGAUGCUUGUCUGGUACGCUGCGCUUGAAUUCCAUUUGUAUUACAUGUCCUUCCAGGGCGCAAUUGUGCUGGCGAAGCAUAAGCUCAAAGAGGUUCCAGGCAUGAAGCCUUCCUCGGAGAGGGUUUCGGUUUGGACAGCACUUUCAUCGCUUGUCAAUCCCGAGCACGUCAUGUUGCAACAGCUACAUCCGCUCGACCAUAUUGAGGAUUUGCAGUCUCAGAUGACUUGCUGGAAAGUACUUCUGUCGCACGUGGCGGGCUUUGCCUCCAUCAACGCGUUCGGCACCCUUCAGCAGAUGGAGACCUUCUCCAAAAGUUGGCAGAUGAGCGUUUGGAUAGUUGGACUAGCUGCCCUGUCGCUCCUGCUGCUGCAGUGGCACUUUGAUGCGCAGAGAAGAAAAGUCGCUGACAACUGGAAGACUUUCUCAAGCCUUUACGACGACCGUAUGGAAGAGCUGUAUCACGAGUGCUAUAUUAUGUGGCACGAGGAGGCUGAGGAGCCAGAAGAUAACGUCCUGGCGCUCACCUUGUCUUUCCUGACAGUCCAGACGGUUCGCUUCUGGAUAUCUGGCCACAUGCCGGACGUGGAAGGGCUGGAUGGUUGGGCCGUGCAGACAACUCGCAGCAUCAGCGACAUUGAGACGCUGCUGAUGGCUGGCGCAUUAUUCUGUGCAAGCACGGUCGCCUUGGACCUGUAUGCAGGCCUCCAUGUCGGACAAGAUGCAGAUGAGGAAGAACCUCGUGUAUACCAGGUUGCGCUGGCUUCUUCCAAUCAAGCCUUCGCAUGGUGUAUGUACUUUGGGUGCAAGUGGCUGGUGGCGACAGAGCUGUUCGUGGACGGCCCUGAGGAGAAGAUGGUACUGCAUCUGAUUCUGGCAGCUCUGGUCACCUUCAUUGCCGUGGUAGCAAUUUGGGUGCUUGAUAAAUUGGCUGACCUGGAAGCCACGGGUGAAGAUUUGGACCAUGCCAUCAUACAGGUGAUCGGAGGAAACUCCAUUCUGGUGGGAUUUGCCUGGGAACAGUGCUUCGAUCGCGCGAUUGAGGUUAUAGCUGCUCAGGGUACUUUCUUCCGAGUGCCACCGCUCGCAGUGAAACUGGCGCUGGCUGCUGCCUGCAUUUGUGUCAUCAUCCCGGCUUGGCGCCGUUGGAUAUUGCCAAUGGUCCUGCGAGAGGGCUGGAAGUUUGGUUUCGUCAUUGACGGCAGCGAUGCCAAAUGGGGAAAAGUCUUCAAGAGCAAGCGCUGGCACUGGCUUAUGCAUCGAAUUGGUAUCCAAGUCAUCGGCUUCAAGAAGCCUUCGAUGCUGUCCAAGCAGAAGAGGGACAAGAACCAUGGCAUGGCUUUCCAGAAGCGUCGGAAGGAAAGAGGGAUGUUCAAGAUCCUGCAGAAGGAGAAAGUACUGUCGAUUUCAGAUGGCUGGCCGGAUUCUUCGCCUGAGAAGGAGAAUGGCCUGAAGUUUGUCAACAGUGGAGGUGCAGGUCUUCAGCAGCCAUUGCUGCAAGACUCAGAGCUCUGCAAUCUCGACCGCUCCGUGUCCAUCCUGCACAGGCAAAUCCUUCACUUUGCCGAGGCCGAAGCCUCCAAAACGCAGUUGGGGCCGGAGAUGGCGCAGCUCAGCGAGCGGCAGCCUGGCCUGCGGGAGUUACUCAAGCUUGGGGGAAGUUACAGCCUGACACAUCUUCUUCGCUAA